AUGGCAGCACCGUCCGACACGCCCACCCUGUUCACCUACUCGGGUACGCUGCGGGUUGUGGUCGUCUCCGGCACAGGCCUGCUGGCGCAGGACGCCAACGGCCUCUCCGACCCCUACGUCAAGGUCACCGCCCUCCCGCCGACGCCUGUGGCAUCCUCCGCCAAGGCCGCCAAGGCCAAGGCAGCGGAUGCCAUCUUCAAGACGCCCGUCAUCAAGAAGACCCUCGAGCCACGGUGGGACGCCGAGGGCUCCAUCGCGCUUGCACACGCCGGCAGAGUCCACUUUGAGGUCAAGGACGACGACAAGUUUGGCCACAACGAUCCCAUGGGCGAGGCCGUACUCCCGCUGCUGGCUCUUGCCCAUGGCCGCAAGGUGACCAAGGUCCUCCGCCUGGUCCCGGGCGCCGCCACCGACCUCCCGCCCCGCCUCGGCUCCAUCACCGUCUCCCUCCAGCUCGAGUCGGCCGCAGAUCUCACCCCUGUCUACGACCUUGAUCUCGUCGACGCCCUCGGCAACGACAUGGAGCUGGCUGUAGAGCAUGGCCUGCCGCUUCCCAUCGACGGCGCCGCCGCCACCGAGGGCAUCUUCCGCGUCCCGGGCAAUGCCGACCACAUCCUGCGCCUCAAGGAGGCCGCAAACUUUGGCAAGCUGCCAGAGAUCCUCACCGAGCCGGCCUCGGACGUCGCCUCGGUUGCUGGCGCCUUCAAGCUCUGGUUCCGCGAGCUCCUUGUCCCGCUCGUCCCCGCCUCCUACUACGACGCCGCCCUCGCUGCCACCGAUCCGCCCACCGCCCGCGCCCUUGUCGACUCGCUGCCCGAGGCCAACCAGAACAUCAUCGAGUUCCUCGCCCGCUUCCUCUACACCUUUACCUCGGAUCCCGCGAGCGUCGAGGCCACAAAGAUGGAUGCCAAGAAUAUGGCCAUGACUCGGCCACCAUCGGCAAGCUCACGCCUCGCCCCCCUCGCUGCCUUUGGCCCGCCCUCCCCCUGA